AUGGCUAACUCGGGCGCAGCUUCGCGGCUGAAUCACCAGCAUCGACGAGACGGUCACGGUCACUUGCAUUCGCAAGACCAGCAUCUACGCACCUACAUUCGGUAUCACGACGGGGAGCAAGUUCUCUAUUGGCCUGAACCGAUCGAUCAGCCUCCCUCUUCCCCAGAUCCAAGUCCAGCUCCGGCUGCACCAUCUCUGCCUCGACCAAGUCCUCCACCUCAUCCUCCACCUCCACCCAAAAAUGUCGCCGUCAUCAAACGCCUCCCUGCCCAUCCGAUAAUAUCCACCACUCCUCAAUACCGUAGCAACGACUCUCUCCUGUUCCCCAUCACCCCGCCGCCUCUUUGCAUCCAUAAACCCGAGAUCCCAUCGCCUCAGCCUCCAAUGUCGCGCUCAGUGCGCCUGCUUAUUGCCUCCAUCGGCAAUCCACCGCCCUACCACUCCACCCGGCACUCUGCGGGCCAUAUCCUCCUCAAAUCGCUCGCGACACAGCUGCACAUGCGGUCACUUUCCAAAAACAAAGUCUUGGGAUCCGGAAGCGUCAGUCUGGGCGCGGACGUAGGAACUCCAGAGUAUACUUUGUGGCAGAGCGCGAGUAUGAUGAACGUCUCUGGCACCGGCACGCUCAAAGCCUGGAAAGAAUUUGACAAGAUCUAUCCGUCUUCCCUUGAGUUUGUGACGGCCAUGGUCAUCCUGCAUGAUGAGCUGGAGUCGUCGGUCGGCACCAUCAAACUCCGGCGCGGCGAGUCGAGUCCCAGGGGCCAUAAUGGGAUUAAAUCGAUCCAGUCGGCCCUGAAGUCGGCGGGCCUCUUAUCUUUGCUGGGUGAUCGAUUUAUGAAGAUCGGGGUUGGGAUUGGACGGCCAGCAUCGAGGGAGAAAGACGAUGUCAGUGCGUGGGUGUUGGGGCAGUUGACGCAUGUGGAACGGAGCAAGAUCGAAGCUGCGACGGAGAGCGUCUUGGCUGUGAUUGGGAGUGAGAUUGCGAGACUGGAAAGAAGUUGA